GAGCCGGUGGUGUCGGUGUCGGUGCGGUGUGGAGCCGGUGUCGGGCCUGUGCCGGUGUCGGGGUUUGCAGACGAUGCUGGCGCUGACCAAGGAGACCAAACAGCGGCUGCAGCAGCUGUUCCGCUGCGGACAGACGGCCAUUCGCUGGGGAUUCAUCCCGACCGUCCUGUACCUGGGUUUCAAAAGAGGUGGGGACCCAGGCAUGCCAGAACCCAGUCUUCUGAGUUUGUUGUGGGGAUGAAAGGUGGAUCAACCCAAGAUGCAGCAGAGAAUCUACACCUAAACCCCUUGCUGAUUGGCAACACCAUUUGGGAAGAACAGAUCAAUGGAAUUGAUUGAUAAAUCAAACGCCUAGGUUCACCAUGUUACUCUUGUUCAACACGAGCUGUUUCAGGGGAAAUCCUACUGAGCCUCUUGUACUGAACUGUAAACCUGUCAAAGUUAUGUAAAUUCAUUAUUUCUGGGAGGACACCAAACUGUUUCAAAAGAAAUCAAAAACAAAGAAACGUUCUUACAACUGUAUCUGUCUAAAAAUUACUGUUGCGAUUUACCACAUGCACAUUUGUGACUUAUGAUUUAGAAAUUUUACACACACCCUUAAACUAUGGACCACAUUUUAUAUUCUCGCGUCCUCUGAAGAUUCUAACGUUAUUUAAAUAGAUUACAACCUUUUGUUUAAAAAAAAGGCACGUGUCAUUUUGACAGAUUACUGUUCUAAGACCUGAAUGUGGUUUUAGGAAAUUGUUAUGUUUCAAACUUUGAUUUGACAAAGGUUAUGAUGAAAGUAUAAAAUGGAAAUCAAUCAGUUUAAUAGUUUACAUUGCAACCUCAAUCCAUGUGUAUGUUUCUCUGCUACUCAUUAAAUUGUAGUACUUUGUACAUCAGGUUGCGUAGAUUGAUCCCAUUUUCCAAUAUCCUUGACCAGAGUAGUCCGAUGAAAUCAUGGCCCCCGCGCCCCCUCUAUUUCAUCUGGCCAACCUGCUCGCUCCAUAACCCAUCAAUGUUAUGUUUCUGGAAGGGAAACACAAAAAUAUUGCUUAUGUGGUCCAUGGAGGUUUCUCAAAUGGGGCAUCCAGCCCUGAGUAGCCAAAAGGUUGGACCACCCCAUCCUAUACCACUGUAUCAGCACAAGCUGUAUUCUGCUUCCUCGUGUAUUAUGAGCUGUUAUGCUAAAAUCUCUUGUCAAAACAGGAAAGUACUUAAAAUAACCAGGUUUUAAAAGUAAAA